GUAGCCAUUAAUUUUUCUUUUUUAUUACACUAUUUCUGCUUCUAUUUCCACACACUCCUUUAUUUGUUACGUCUUCAAUUAGCCACUUCGGGUGCAAACUUAUUAAUUUCACAACUUUUAAAUAUAUAUACAUAUAUUAUUUUUUUGCUAGCCAAUGGACAACAUUCAGGUUUUCAUGCGCAUUCGGCCGCUGUCCGAGGACGAGUUCAGGCGGGACCGCACGACCGAAUCUGCCGUGCGCAUGCUGUCCGAAAACACAGUUUCUAUUCCCUCGCAGCGCACAGAAAACUUUACUUUUGACUUUGUCGGGAACGAGGACUGCACACAGCAAGAUGUCUUUGAAGCUGUCGGCAAGCGAGCGGUGGAGCAGUGCAUGCAGGGAUAUAACGGCACAAUAUUCGCGUACGGCCAGACAGGUAGCGGGAAGACGUUUACAAUGCAGGGAGCGCGCGAUGAGUUUACCGGGCCCGACGACGAGUUGCGCGGUCUGAUUCCACGGUGCUUCGAGUACCUGUUUGCGCGCAUAGCCGAGGAAGAGGCCAGGUCCGGUGGCCGGGUAAAGUACCUCUGCAAGGCAUCCUACAUUGAAAUCUACAACGAGACCAUCUACGACCUUUUGGACCCGAUGAUGCGCACCUGCGCGAUACGCGAGGACAUCAAGAAGGGCAUUUUCAUUGACAAUGUGUCUGAAGAGACGGUCCAGGACCCCAACGAGGCGUACAAUAUUUUUAUGCGUGGCGCACACAGUCGCCAUGUCAGCGCGACGUCGAUGAACCGCGAGAGCAGUCGCUCGCACUCGGUGCUGAUGCUGGUCAUCCAGUCGCUGACGCAGACCGAAGACACAGGUCUGACCGAGAUCCGCGAGUCCACAUUCAACCUGGUCGAUCUGGCCGGAAGCGAGCGCCAGAAGUUGGCAAACACCAGCGGGCUGCGGCUCAAGGAGGCUGCCAACAUCAACAAGAGUUUGUCGACCUUGGGAAACGUCAUCAACUCGCUGGUCGACAUUGGAAAUGGAAAAUCGCGCCACGUCAAUUACCGCGACAGCAAGCUCACCUUUUUGCUCCGCGACUCGCUGGGCGGGAAUUCGGUGACAAUUAUUAUUGCCAACGUUAGCCCUGCCGUUUGCAACGACGCCGAGACCGCCAGUACGCUUCGGUUUGCUCAGCGCGCCAAGAUGAUUCGAAACAAGGCCGUCGUCAACCACGACAUGCAAGGCAACGUGCCACAGCUGCAGGCCGAGAUUCAGCGUCUCAAACAGCAACUGGCCCAGGCAAGGUCAUCAUCAGCCGAAAAUAACAGUCAUAACAACAACAGCAACAAUGCAAAUGGCAGCGGUCGUAAUGCCGGAAACACCAACACUCGCGAGCAGGCAGCAGCCAAUGCGCGUCUAGGAGCGCCGCCCUUUGUCGACUCCGCAUCACAGCACGCCGCGCAGUUCAUACUGCUCCUGGCAAUGCGCAAGCUCAAAGAGUCCGAGCGCCAAAAGUCGCGCUACGCCGAGAUUGUAUUCGAGUUAAAGGACUCCCUGGAGCGGCACAAGCGGCAGCUGCAGCAACAACGUCUGGUGCUAAAGUUGACAAAGGCCGAAUGCCAGGCACUGCGCCGAAGCGCCUCCGAAACCUACGUGUCGACUGCCGAGAACAUGGCGCUGCGUGAGGAGAUUACCUUACUGCAAUCCGCGCUGUCGGCACAACCAGAUUCGGCCGAGCUGCUCAUCGAGAACAUGCAGCUGCACGAGGAGCUCAUCGAGAUGUAUUCGGCCAACCAAUCGAUGCCCGCAGACCUUCUGCCUUCUGGCGUGAGCUCAAAAGACGCGUUGCUCGAGCUGGACACGCUGAUUAGCCCCAAGACUAACACGGCCAGCCUGAUUAAAUCGUUCCCGAUCAUACCCGACGAUACAGUAUACAAGGGGCUGGAGGACAGGAUCAAGCAGACGCAGCAUGAUAUUAACGACCUCGAGCUGCAGCGAGACAAGCUGGAGUUUCAGAUUGGCAGCAUUGAGGAGGACUGGCAAUAUGUCAAUGACGGCGCUCGCGAGCUGGCAUUUGUUGCUGCUGCUGCCGGCGGCGACGAGCAAGUGGACGCAAUUAUCGAGCGCACCUUGGACAGCAUAGUCGGCGACCAGGCGAGAGAAAUGUGGGCGACAAUAUCAUCCAUGUAUGCGAGAAAGUAAUUAAAUAUUUUAAAUAAUCAACCAACAUCAAUACAAUUCAUU